GUGACGGAACCCCACUGACGCUGACGAAAAAGGUCCAGAGCAUUUUACAUACAUAACAUAGGAGUGUGCAAUACUAAGUAGUGACACACCGACCACACCCUCUUGACCGUGCGCCCCCUGGCUUCAAUUCAUCUCUAACCGACAUUCGAUUCGUUGGCCGGGCAUAGUUUCUUGACCCUGUCUUCUUUGUUUGUCUGUCUAAUCCUCUUGUGGUCUCCUCUCCAUCCUCGGCUAUCGUCUGGGAAAUUCACAUCGAGAGAAGAAAAAGGGCGAGAUCGGAAUUCGAGUAUAUAAUCUUUUUUUCCAAGAUGGCUGUCACAAGCAGAUUACGGGCCAUGGGCAGAGCCGCCGCUAUGGCCGCCGCCUCUCAGCUUGUCUCGUCAGCUUUCGCCGCGUCCAACACCAUCUCGAUAAGCCCAACCGAGACACCACCCUCGGACAUAGCAGGUGUUGUCGACGUCUCGUUUGCUGGCUUUGGAAUAGAACCUUCCAACCUCUUCUCCUUUACAGGUGAAGAGGACACAAACGAUUUGUCCAUCAACCUGAUGGCUAACCUGGCUAAUUACACGGGCAAACCACCUCAUAUACGGCUGGGCGGCAACACGGAGGACUAUAUGCUCUACGACUCGACGCAGGACAAGUAUGCCGAGAUCCGUAACACGGAUGCCACCGGCAAUGGAUCCAUCAAGUGGGACAGCAUGUUGAUCGGUCCUCGUUUCUUCGAGGCGGCCAACCGAUUUCCCGAUGGCACCCCCGUCACCUGGGGCUUGAACUUGGCCUACAACGACGACGACUACAUCGACAGGAUCACCACCAUGGCCCAGCAGGUGUUUGACAGGUGUACCAACCUGGACAUUGUGGCCUUUGAAAUCGGCAAUGAGCCGGAUCUGUACUAUGCCAGCAGCUUGUUCCGCGACUCGUCCUGGACCGGCGAGGUGUACUCGCAGGAGUGGCUCGAGCGGGCGCAGGCCAUCUACGAGCAGGUCAUCGAGCCGACGGGUCUGGGCAUGAACUUUUUUGAGCCCCAGGCCACCUCCCACACGAGCGGCACCACCUUUGAGAUCGAGCAGCUGGUGACAGACGGCAUCACGAACCAGACCAACGGCUCGUCGUACGUGACCAACUGGAACCAGCACGACUACACGUACUUUUUCGGCGUGGCCACGUACGACCUGACGCUUGAGGCUGUUAUGAGUUUCGAUCUCGUCGAGGACCAGCUCGAGAACCAAGCCUCCGACCAGCUUACCCAGUCCGCCGCCACUGCCUACGGCUACGCCCUCCGCGAGAUGGGCUGGGUCGGGCCCAUCGGCUCUGUCAAUGUGACCGACACCUUUGGUGGCGCCCUCUACACCCUCAACUUCCUCCUGUACGCCGCCUCGCUCAACAUGACGGGCGUCAACUUCCACAUGACGGCCACCAGCUACACUUCUGCCUGGCAGCCCGUCUACAUGGACGGCGUGGCUCCGUACCCUCGGCCUCUUUAUUAUGGCCAAGCUGCCUUUGACCAGAUUAUUGGCCCGACCUGCACUGCACAGGUCUACCAGUACGCGCUGUCUGACGUGCCCACGGGUUACGACUCGUACCUGCGCGCCUACGCCGUCUACCAGUCCUCGACCCUGUCGUCCAUCACCGUCGUCAACGGCAAGAUUGCCAACACCACAGAGACGGACAAGUCCAACCUGACCGUCUCCCUGACCAUGCCCACCUCGCUGGCCGGCAAGACGGUCUACCUGGCCUACCUCACCAACGACGGCCUCGAUGCCAAGUACAACACCACCUGGAACGGCAUUUCCUACGAGGCCAGCGGCGACGGCACGCCCACGCAGGUGUCUGACGCUGUGGAGACCGCCACCAUUGCCAGCGACGGCACCCUGACCCUCUCGGUGCGCGACUCGGCUGCCGUUGUGGCUCAGAUCGGCUCCAAGGUGGGCUCUCUGACCGCCGACAGCGCCGCCUGCUCGUCCAUGGCCGCGCUGCGGCCCGGCACCUACGGCCUCUCUGCGGUCUCCUCGUCCGCAUCAAGUAAGCCUGAGAGCGAUGGCACUACCUCCAGCACGUCCAGCGGCAGCAGCAGUACGAGUUCUUCUGAUGGUACUGACUCGAACAAAUCUGCAGGCAUGAGAUCGGUGCCCUUUUCUUUGGGACUGAUGCUCACCGUCUUGGUAUCGUGUGUCUCUAUGGCCACGGGUGUCUUUCUCUUCUAA